AUGUCAUUCUAUACGCAAUUGACUGCUCUAGUCCCGACAAUUCUUUCAUAUUUGCCCCAUGUUCUCCUCACCAUUAUUCUUCUAUAUGUAAUCAACUUUUACAUAUCUUACAUCAACCGAGAAAACCCUCUUCCCGGUCCCAUUCCUCUUCCUAUUAUCGGUAAUAUUCAUAGAAUGGCAGAUGCUUACACAUUUGCCAAUGCAAUGCAUGAACAAUACGGGGACAUCUUUGAAUUCUAUAUUGGUAGCAGGCGUCUCAUAAUGCUUAAUAGAGUUGAUCUGGGAGAGAAUAACAUCCUUAGACAGUCGAUUAAAUCCAACAACUACUUUCUCAGAGAUGCAUCGUUGAGUCAGGGAUGGGAGGAGUUGGGCUGGACGAACAGGGGUGUGCUUGGAAACCGUUCGAUUACGGGUUGGCUGUUCAACAAAAAGUUGUUGAGCCAUUGCUUGAAUUCCACAAAAUACUUUAAGGAGAGUGUCAACGGUAUCCAGCAAAUAUUUUCAGAAGCGGAAGAGUAUUGGAAGGAUCUUGGUGAUAGUAAACCUCUUGAAUUCACAGAAUGGAUACAUUGCUUGAUCGUAGAUACGCAAAUAAAAUUGAUCACUGGUCAAACGACCUACUCUCUCUCUUCAUACUACAACUCUCUCCUUCCUCCUCACCUCAAAAAAUCUUUAUCUCAUCAAUCACUGGAAGACUAUUCCAAAUUCAUAUCGCAUCUGCUCGCCUGGCCUCCAACAGGACUAUUUUUUUACUUCAUCCCACCGUUUAUUAGACAUUACGUCCCAGGCGUCAGGCAUAUUGCUGAAUGGUUGAAAAGGAGGCUUAAAUGGCUCGAGAACGAAGUGGCAAAGAUCGUGCGUGAGAAAAAGAAAACGAUUGAGAAUAUGGACAAUGAUGAGGCGCUGGAGGUCAAUUUAUUAACAAUGUUGUUAACUAUCAAUACGGAAAGAGAUAACAAUAAGUUUAAAAUGGAUAAUAUUGAGAGGCCGUUUAGCGAGGAAGAAAUUGUCGAAUUGCUCAUUGAAGUGUUUGUUGCCGCAGUUGAUACGACUACGAGCACACUCUGUUUUCUAUUCUACUGUGUCUGCAAACAUCCCGAAGUCAAAUCUCGUCUUGUUGCUGAAAUCGACGCGGCCCUUUCCUCUCAGGACAAUAAUCUUUUUUAUGACUCACUCACGACUCUCUUCCCAUACACUAACGCUGUGAUGAAAGAGUCUGCUCGCAUGAUGACUGUAGUUCCAUUAUCAGCUCAAGUCGCCUUAGAGGAUGACGAAUUCGCUGGAUACAAAUGGAGUGCGGGUACAGCAGUCGCUGUCAACUAUGGCGUCAUACAUAGACACAAAGCAUAUUGGAAGGAUCCCGAGAUAUUUAGGCCUGAGAGAUUUUUGGACGAAAAUAGGGACGAAUUAGAACCAAAAGCGUUUAUGCCUUUCGGUGGGACAGUAAAGUCGUGUCCGGGUAAACUAGUUGCUGAGAGGAUGGUCAAAACUCUUGUUAUACUGUUGUUUUCAAAGUUCGAAGUUGAGUUAUGCGAACCGGAUAAGGAGAUCACUAGCAUAGCAACUAUAAUUAAACAGGCGUCGACGCCUAAACAACUAAUCACCACAAUGUCGCUCUAUACGCAAUUAACUGCUCUAGUUCCAAUAAUCUUCUCACAUCUUCCUCAUAUUCUCCUUACCGUCAUUCUUCUAUAUGUAACCAACUUCUACGUCUCCUAUGUCUACCGGGAAAACCCUCUUCCUGGACCCAUCCCUCUUCCUAUAAUCGGCAACCUCUACCAUAUGUCAGAUAUGUACAAAUUUCUGGUCGCAAUGCAUAAACAACACGGAGAUGCCUUUGAAUUUUAUGUGGGCAAUAAGCGGAUUGUCAUGCUUAAUCGGGCUGAUUUGGCAGAGAACAACGUUCUUAGGCAAUCAAUUAAAUCCAACUACUUUGUUCGGGUCACAUCGGCAAGUCAGGGGUGGCAAGAGCUAGGUCUCACAGAAAAGGGACUGUUUUCAAAUACGAAAUUGAAAAAUUGGGCCUUUAACAGACGCUUUUUGAGCCAUUGCUUGACUUCGGCCAAAUACAUGAAAGAGAUUUUUGAUGUUGCCCACAACCGAUUUUUAGAGGCCGAAGAGUAUUGGAAAGAGCUUGGUGACAAUACACCUUUAGAAUUCACAAAAUGGAUGCAUUGCAUGACUGUAGACACGAAAAUUAAAAUAAUAACUGGCGAGCAAACUUAUGCUCUCCCUACAUACGCCAAUUCUCUCCUUCCGCCUCACCUCCAAAAACCUCUUCCCCAAUCGUCCAUCCAAUCUUAUUCCGAAUUUGUCUCUCAUCUUCUCUACAGAUCUUCGAUUGGAAGAUUCUUUUACACGACUCCACCAUUUUUUAGACACUAUGUUCCAGGCUUUAAGCAGAUUGCAGCGCGAAUGAAGGCGAAAGUAGCGUGGCUUAAUGAGGAGGUGAAGAAAAUUGUAAGAAAUAAGAAGCAACUCAUUGAGAGCAUGGACGACAAGCAGGAGUUGAAGAUAGACUUGCUGUCGCUGAUGUUGACUACCAACACAGAGCGAGAUACAAAUAGAAUUAAAGCGAGUGAGUUUGAGGAACCAUUGAACGAGGACGAGAUCGUUCAGAUACUCAUUGAAGUGUUUUCUGGCGGAAUUGGUACAAUAACAAACGCCCUCUGCUCCACGGUUUAUUACAUCUGCAAACAUCCAGCCGUUAAAUCUCGCCUCAUCUCGGAAAUCGAUGCUACACUGUCCGCCGAUGACGGCAUCCUCUCCUACGACUCUCUCACAACGCUUUUCCCAUACGCGAACGCAGUGAUGAAAGAGGCUGCUCGCAUAUUUGCUGUUGUUCCAUUAUUAAUUCAAAUAGCCUCUGAAGAUGAUGAAGUUGCCGGAUACAAAUGGCGCGCUGGUACGGCGAUUGGUGUCAAUAUCGGAGUCAUUCACAAACACAAAGCUCAUUGGAAGGAUCCAGAAACAUUUAGACCUGAGAGAUUUUUGGACGAAUGCGGCGAUGAGAUAAAACCAAGAACGUUCCUACCUUUUGGUGGGACAAUGAGGGUGUGUCCAGGUAGAGUUGUAGCUGAGAAACUGAUGAAGACUUUUAUUAUCUUGUUGUUUUCAAAGUUUGAGGUUGAGUUAUGUGAACCAGAUAAGGAGUUAGAAUAUGCCUUUACAAUAGCCAACACUUGCAAAGAGUUGAAUGUUUAUUUAAAGGCUAGAAAUACGGAACAAAAGGUGUAG